UUUUCUUUGAAGUUGCACUAUUCACCAAAAAUGGCGACGAACGGGAAAGAACUGAAUGGUGCUACACAUACGAUGGAGACUGAAGAAAAUGGAAUCGUUAACGGAUUCGAACAUUGCUUUGAUCAUGAACAUUGCCCUGCGAAAGCGAAGUGGGUCCGUCUGAAUGUCGGUGGAACAUAUUUUUUGACAACGAGGACGACGCUUUGUCGAGAUCCCAAGUCAUUUCUAUGCAGAUUAUGUCAAGAUGAUCCUGACUUGAGCAGCGAUAAGGAUGAAACUGAUGCCUACCUGAUAGACAGAGAUCCCAUGUACUUUGGGCCUAUAUUAAAUUAUCUCAGACAUGGAAAAUUAGUUAUCAAUAAAGACUUAGCAGAAGAAGGUAUACUAGAGGAAGCAGAAUUCUACAAUAUAACUGCAUUAAUAAAGCUUGUCAAGGAGAGGUUGAAAGAAAGGGAAGCCAGAAAUUCUCAGGGUUCAAGAAAACAUGUGUAUCGGGUAUUACAAUGUCAAGAGGAAGAACUCACUCAGAUGGUAUCAACGAUGUCAGAUGGCUGGCGAUUUGAGCAGCUCGUAAACAUAGGCUCAUCCUAUAACUAUGGCAAUGAAGACCAGUCAGAAUUCUUAUGUGUGGUGUCAAAGGAACUUAACAACACAGGGGCAUCAACAGGGGAGAACUCAGAUAGGGCAAAGAUUCUUCAGGAAAGGGCAUCAAGAUCUCGAGAACACAGGACAUAGGGAGAAGAUUGCAUUCUCUAUCUCAACUUCUUCAUCCCCAUCUCUCGUGUGAUUUCUGCAAGCCUUAGGCGGUUCUAGAUAUUGUAAAGAAAAAAGAAAAAAGAAAAGAGGAUUUGUGUGUGCAUGGUUUGACCUUCUUUUUUUUUUAAUUCAAAGUUUGUCAGCUUUUCUUUGAGUUUUCAUCCUUUUUAUAUUUAAUGGUUCAUUGACAACGAAAGCACUUGGCACUCAACAAUCCCAUGUUGAAAGAAAAUUGAGGAAGGACUUGUUAAAAACUUUGGAUACAAAUUACCAUGGCAACAAACAUUGUGUGUCGUCAUCAUGUAGUGACACACCUAAUAAAGUUGUCUGAUCCGACAUCAUCAUGCAGUGACACACCUAGUAAAGUUGUCUGAUCCGACAUCAUCAUGCAGUGACACACCUAGUAAAGUUGUCUGAUCCGACAUCAUCAUGCAGUGACACACCUAGUAAAGUUGUCUGAUCCGACAUCAUCAUGCAGUGACACACCUAGUAAAGUUGUCUGAUCCGACAUCAUCUUGCAGUGACACAACUAGUAAAGUUAUCUGAUACGACAUCAUCUUGCAGUGACACACCUAGUAAAGUUGUCUGAUCCGACUUCAUCAUGCAGUGACACACCUAGGAAAGUUGUCCGAUCCGACAUCAUCAUACAGUGACACACCUAGUAAAGUUGUCUGAUCCGACAUCAUCAUGCAAUGACACACCUAGUAAAGUUGUCUGAUCCGACUUCAUCAUGCAGUGACACACCUAGUAAAGUUGUCUGAUCCGACAUCAUCAUGCAGUGACACACCUAGUAAAGUUGUCUGAUCCGACAUCGUGAUCCAGGCUUUAUGAGGUCAUUGAACUUCUAAAAGGUCACUUCCGGAAUGUCAACUAGAAAAAGUUAUCCUGUGAAAGGUCAAUGUCAAAGGUAGUCUGGUUAGUGUACCAUCCCUGAGGUGGCAUAGAAAUACUAGGAAGUGCAUUAUUGUUGAAAGAAAGAGGUAGAGAAGUCUUGUCUCCAAGUAAUUGCCAGACAUUAAUAACGAUUCCCAAAGAUGUAGUCUUACUGAAUCUAAUCACUGACAAGGAAUAAUGUAAGGGGUGCUGGGUCUUGUACCCCAAAAGACUCUGAACCAUUUGACUAAGCUACAUGUAAGUAGCUAACAUUUUAUAGCAAAGUCAGUGACAUCCAUCUGGAGUCAAUAAGAUUGCCAAUUUUGUCCUUAUUGCUCAAAUUUUGAUCAAAGGACGUCACGGAACCAUCAAUAUACUGUAGUUGAGUGAGUUCAGAUAGAGCAUAGUCAUGCAUGAGUCCAGAUAAGUCUUAUGACUGAGACAAGGUUUACCAUUCACAGCCCUCUAGAAUGUCUGCAUAGGUUUUAACCCCUAAGAGAUUCUGGUUAGAUAAAUAGUAGUUUAGCCUUUCCAAUAUAACUCUCCACAAAGAAGAAAGAAUCAAAUCAAUUGGCCGCAAAAACAGAAACAUGUAUGCAGGCUAAUCCCUAACAAAAUUGGUAUUUGGUAAAGAUAAAUUUUGUUAGAAGCAAUAUUGUUAUGAAAGCUAGAUCAAAUACAUAUUUCCUCCUAAACCUCUUGCAGGAUUGCAGAGGAACUAAACAAAAUAUGACUGAUAGACUUGAUCUUUCAUGCACUGAACCAUCUUUUCAUUUCAAGUAGAUAUCUACAAUUUGAAUUGCACAUCUUUCUAUGUCAAGUAAGGGCAUUACAAUUAAUUGAGCACAGGAAUUGAUGGUUUCGAUGUUGCUGCCAGUGUAUUCAGUGCCUUCCCCUAUAAAUGUAAUAUAUUAUGAAAUGAACUUUGAAAUUUUUUGUUCCCUUUUUCCUAUUUAUACAAGUACUUACCAUGAAGAAAAAAAAAUGAUGUCAUUAGUGUUUAAUGCCAGCAUUCUUUCCUCAAUGUAUAUGAUUCUAGUUUUCAGAGCACCUUUUUUACUUGUAGGUUUCCUUAUUCAUUGGUAUGGUUUAUACAUACAUUGCAUUUUUUGAGAUCCCCCCAAAAUCAUGUUUGUUGCUGCCUAUAGAAAGAAUUAAAAAUGAAAAGAGGAUUUUUAAAUAUUAUUUUUCAUUUUAGAUGAGUUAUAGUACCAAAAUCUUUUUAAAAUUUGAAUUCUUCUUUACAUCUUGUUUUAAGCAUUCAUUAUUUAGACCUGUAUUCUUGCAUAUUAUUUUUUAAUGCCUUGCCCACCGAAGAUGGUACUGGACUGGAGGCACUAUGUUUUUGGAUUGUCCGUCCGUCCCGCUUUCUUGUUAUUGCAAUAUCUCAAGAAUUUCAAACUUGAUGAUAGCUUGUAUCACCAUAGGAAGACAAUCUGAUUCGAUUUUAGAUAAACUAUGUCAAAGGUCACAGAGGUCAACUUAUGAAAUACCCGGUAUUGGACUCGUUAUCGCGAUAUCUCAAGAACCACAGGAGAUAUGAGGUUCAAACUUAGUUAUACAGUGUAGUAUGCAUUAUUAUUGAAAGACAAUCUCAUAAGAUUUUUGAUAAGUAGGUCAAAGGUCAAAGAGGUAAAGUUUUGAAGUUAGAGGUAUAACCCUUGUUAUCACAAUAGGUCAAGAACUACUUGCGGUAUGAGCUUCAAACAUGGUGACAGUAUAACUAAGGAAGAUGAUCCGAUUACCUUUUGGGGUUAUUAGUUGUCAGUUGAUCAUAGGCUUUUUGUUUUCAUCAUGAUAUGUCGUCAAUGAAUUCAUCCGUUUCCUAUACUGAACAAAUUCAGGGCAGAGGCUUAUAGGAGACGUAGUGGCAUUAAAUAAAUAUAUAUGUAUUUUUUAACUUUUGUUUUCUACUACUCUUACAUAUCCUGGUGCUGUCUAGUCAAUAUUUGUGAGUAAUCAGUUUUUUACUUCAUGUUUUUAUGCUUUUCCACAAUGAUUAUUGCAAAUGGUGAAUACAGCCACAAGAUAGUUUCUUUAUUUGCUCCAUGGAUCCAUGUUCGCUCAAAAAAGACUUGAGCUGUGGUAGAAACUUUGCCUACAACGAACUUAUUCUAGGUCAAGUAAGUUAUGCUGACAUUGGACAUAUACUCAUCAGGUCAAGAAAAAUGUUUGGCGAUUCUUCUUCCUGAGGAAUAAAAAAAGAAAGAAAGAAAAAAAUGUCUUUGCCUUUGAACAUCAAAUUUUAUCAACAAAGAUUAUUUGUGGGUACGGUUAGGGUUUUCCUGAUCUCCAUGAUUUAAAAUGUUUGUUUUGUAAUAGUUGUAUCAUAAUCCAGCAUUUGCAAUAUUGUUAGAGAGUCAUAUACAUGUAUAUCCUUGAGUGUUCUGUAAAAAAUAUUUUCACUUUUUUUGACAGAACCUUACUUUUUACCUCCAUUUUAAACUUUUUUUUGGCUCUUCUAACUUUCUGUUGUAGUGUUAUCAGCUGACUAGAAAUAUACUUCAGAGUAUUUGCAAAUAUUUAUAUAUAUUUGAAACUCGUAAUCAUAGCUGAAAUUAGUAUUAAGCAAUAAUCAUGUUUCAAUUCAAUAGAGAGAGCCUUUCUCUUGGUCAGUAGUUAUUAAAUUUUUUGAUAACCGAUUUUUGACCCUUUUGCAGCACUGGCAUAUGACACCUUUACUUUAUUUCAAACAAUUAUAAAUGCCUAAGUAAUCUUACAUUUUUAUGCCAGCUUGUAAAUUAAUAAAAGUUUUUUCUAUUUCCGUACCCUUUUUCUCUUCCUCCUAAUAUGCUUGAGCUGAUUCAACAUUUCUCAUUGUAAUAUAUAAGAAAUUGGAAUUUAACAUACCGAGUGGCUUCAUGCUUGUACUGAUAAUUGAAUUAGUCAAAACUCAGCAUAGCAGAUUUUUUUAAAUCUCUGUUUUAUGAAGUUUGUUGGUUGGUUUCUUUGAAUAUCUUGUUGCAUCAAUGGAUUUUGGUACAUUUUUUAAUACGGACUAGAAAUUCGAUGUUCAGUCUUUUUUUGGUUUGUCUUUUUUGGUUUGUCCAAGAAGUGCCAUGAUUUUUUUUACUUGGGAGAUAUAAUGCUUUUAGUCAGUAGUCUAAUUGAGCAUUGCAUUAUGAUAGGGCUGUGUUACAUAAAUAUAUGGGAAUCUACCGGUAUUCCAGUAAGACAGGUGUGAAGCUUUCCUGUACAAGGAAAUACAAAGACAUUUGAACUAUCAUGGCUUGUUUGGACCAUUGGUCAUUGGUUAAGUUCAUGUUUAUUUGUGUGUCUGACAACUAUUGUUGUUUAUCUUUGUAACAUUCCUGGGCCAUGUAAAGGUUCUAUCUGAAUGUAUAAUCAUCUUUUAUG